AUGUACCCCCUCGAUGAGGUUCGUAGAUCUCACUGUAGCUAGCUUACUGCUUCGCAGAGUGAUUGCAAUCGAUCUUACCUAUCGUAGUACGUUACAUGUAUACCAAGGCCACGUCAAAUCAUCGUGAAAAAGUGGAGAUCGACUCGGAACUCCCUAGCACUACUCUCGAAUGACGUCCUCCAAGAAUUGCGAGUUGUUAGUAAGGGCCGUUAUUCAACGCAUAUGACUGACGGCACGACUCGAUUGUUGGAAUCGAUGCUCGACAAAUCUUUACUUCCUUGGAAUCAUCCUCGACGCCUGCGCUCAGUCUCUCUUCUCAGAAAUCAGUCGCAUACUUCGGGGAGCGUGACUUUUGACCUGAGCCAGCAGGCCGAGGCAAGGUCCCUCUUUUUCGACGCCGUAACGGAUUACUGGACACUUCUGUGUCUUUGUGUAAACAAAAGAAGGGUGUGA